GAGAGAGAGAGAGAAGUAUAGGGACGCGAAUUACUGAGUAGAGGAAAAACAUGAAAGAGCGGCUGGUGGAAGUGACGUCCAGCGACAAGUGGCGGCGAGGGAUCAGCUGCUAGCUAGCCCCGCCCUUUCCUGUCGGUGCGCGUGGAGCAGGAAUGGCUCAGGUGGGAAGCAGCCGCGGCGGCAGCAGCAGCGAAGACCGGCUGGCGUGGCCUCCCGCUGCGAUGGAAACGCAGGCCUCGGGUGUAGUUGGGGCUGGCGGCGAAGGCUUCACCAGUGUCCGCAAGCGGAAGAGACGAGCACGGGAGGGUCCCAUGGAGACAGAAGGGACCCCGCUGCCUAGGAAACGGCCCGAUUUUUCUCCCCUUCGUGGGGAGGCCCUCGGGGGUGGAAAAGAUGAAAUGAGAAAAAUUCCUGUACCAGCAAACAGAUAUACACCUUUGAAAGAGAACUGGAUGAAAAUUUUUACACCUAUUGUAGAACACUUGCAGCUUCAAAUUAGGUUCAACUUAAAAACAAGGAAUGUAGAGAUAAAGACUUGUAAAGAAACCAAGGAUAUAGGUGCUCUGACAAAAGCAGCUGAUUUUGUGAAAGCUUUUAUACUUGGAUUUCAAGUAGAGGAUGCACUUGCUCUCAUCAGAUUAGAUGACCUCUUCCUAGAAUCUUUUGAAGUAACAGAUGUUAAACCUUUAAAAGGAGAUCAUCUCUCUAGAGCAAUAGGAAGAAUUGCUGGGAAAGGUGGAAAAACAAAAUUCACUAUUGAAAAUGUGACAAGGACACGGAUAGUUCUUGCAGAUUCGAAGGUUCAUAUUUUAGGGUCUUUCCAAAAUAUUAAAAUGGCACGAACAGCAAUUUGCAACCUCAUCUUAGGAAGUCCUCCAUCGAAGGUUUAUGGCAAUAUUAGAGCAGUGGCCAGCAGAGCAGCUGAACGGUUUUAAGACCAAGAAUUCUAAUUUGGAAAUCGGUUUCUACACAAGACAGAGGAAGUGACUUGUAUACGGAAGCAAAGCCGCAAUAAUAAACUGAGAACUUUGUGCAGAGAAGAGCUUCUGUAGCAGUGUUCAGUCACGCACUGCCUGAUCUUUGGGCAUAUUUAAGAACCUAAAAUAAAUAGCACAUCCUGUGUUAGCUAA